AUGCCCGUCGCAACACAGGCAUCUCUCAAGGGCCUGACAUACGACCAACUACGCGAUACUGGAUGCAUGCUAUGUCUGAAUAAUACAUAUCACCUUGGAUUAAAGCCGGGUCAGGAAGUCCUCGAUGCUGUUGGUGGCUCGCACAAAUUGCAAGGAUGGGACCGGAAUCUCCUGACCGAUAGUGGAGGUUUCCAGAUGGUAUCUCUUCUAAAAUUGGCUACUGUGACCGAGGAAGGCGUGCGAUUCCUUAGUCCCCACGACGGCUCGCCUAUGCUUCUGACCCCCGAACACUCUAUCUCCCUUCAGAAUUCAAUUGGUUCCGAUAUCAUCAUGCAAUUAGACGACGUCAUUGCUACUACGUCCCCGGAUCAUGCACGGAUUAAGGAGGCCAUGGAGCGCUCUAUACGUUGGCUGGACCGCUGCAUUGAUGAGCAUAAAUACCCCGAGAGGCAAAAUCUCUUUUGCAUUAUUCAAGGUGGUUUGGAUCUAGAACUCCGAAAACAAUGCUGCGAAGAAAUGGUAGCCCGAGAUACCCCUGGAAUUGCCAUCGGAGGCUUGUCGGGAGGAGAAGCCAAAGAGGAGUUCUGUAAAGUGGUGGAUACUUGCACAAACAAUCUUCCAGAAUCGAAGCCCCGAUAUGUGAUGGGUGUGGGAUAUCCUGAAGAUAUUGUUGUCGCAGUCGCUCUUGGUGCAGACAUGUUUGAUUGCGUGUGGCCAACUCGCACAGCGCGGUUUGGUCAAGCAAUCGUCACGUCUGGCACAAUGGUCCUCCGCAACAAAUGCUUUGCCGAUGACUUUACCCCAAUUGAAGAGGGCUGCGCCUGUACUAUUUGCCGACCGGUUGACCAAGGCGGCCUUGGUGUUACGAAAGCCUAUAUGCAUCAUAUCACAGCAAAAGAAACCGUCGGUGCUCAUCUUCUUUCCAUCCACAACGUACAUUUCAUGUUGAAUCUGAUGGGCAACUUGCGACAAGCCAUCAUUGAAGAUAGGUACCCGGCCUUUAUUCGCGAAUUUUUCUCAAAUAUUUACGAAGGCGAUAAAUCGAAAUAUCCUGAAUGGGCAGUGGGAGCCUUGCGCGGUGUUGGCAUGGAUCUAUUGGCUGAUUGA